AUUAUUAAUUAUUAUGUAGCAAUGAAUAUAAGAGAUGUGGACAGGGAAUUCUUAUGCAUUUGGAGGUCAUGUAAUAAUCGGAAAAAGCAACUCUGCUGUAAUGAUUUCCGCAGAUACUGGAACAUUAAUUUAGCUUAAAAUCUCAAAUGCAGAAUCAACAAUCGGAGACGGCCGUCAAGGGCAACAUUUCUAGGUCAGAUAUUCUUUCUUCAGCACCGGUCACGCCCAUGUCUUCAUCGGCACCGCCAGACGCGUCCACCACCGGCCAAAAAGGUAGAAAAUCGCUUGGGUUUUUGAAAAAUGCGGUGAAAUACAAACACAACUUCAUUCAGUUGUUCGCCAUGACCGGGAUUUUGCUGCUGAGCAUGCGAUCAUUGGGCCAGAAAUACCGCAUCCACGACCUCCAAGAGGACACCGCUGCUCUCAAGCAAGAGCAGGAAGCUCUCACUGACCGCAUGAAGAACAUCAAACGUGGCCUCCUCCACGAGGCCUCUCUCGAGCCCUCUGGUCGCUUCGCUUCCCGCCUCCGCCUCCUCUUCGGCGACGAUAAUUAGACUCAACUGAACCCCCUCUCAGUGAUUUUCCUUAAACAAUAUCUUUAUUAUGUCCUCUAUAAUGUUCAGAGAUGUUUUGCGCUUUUUCUCUUUGGGUUAGUAAUAUUUUUUAGAAUCUUUCCUGAAUCUGCGAAAUGCUCUUUGAUUUGCUUAUGUUUUUGGUUGGGUUUCUAUGAUAUGAACAAGAUUUGAUUAAAUUUCAAUUGGUUGACGUUUUGAGAAGGUCUCGUGCUAGAGUUUGUUCUGUUUGUUUUGUCAAUCGAAUUUAGCCCUUUAGCAUUAAGGGUCUAUCCAUUUAGUUGAAUAGAAGAGUUAUUCAUGUCUGUAAGUGUCUGUGACACAUGAAUUUCCAUAUUGAUUCUGCCUAGGUUUAGAUAAUAUGUCAUAUUUUGCUCCAAUCAAUUAAAAAGUUGCAGAAGUUGAAAAUGAUGAGGUUUGGAAACAUUUUUGUUGUUUAAUGUCUAUUGAACACUUCAAAGGAAAAUAGGAUCACAGAGAAUUAAGAGAAGUUGGUUUCUUUUUGAGUUGCUGAGUAACAAAAUCUGUGUUAUUCUAUGUGUCUAAGUAUAUGGAGAAGGUGGCCUAACAUGGCUACUUACGUGGAAUAAUUAUUUAGGCAUCUGAAAGAUUCACUUUUAGCUGAACCGGUUAGUUGCAUUGUGGAGAUUGUUGGAUACAGACUUACAGGUAUCAACAGAAUUUCUAGUGAUCCUGUGAACAUCAAUCCUGGCUCAAAAUGGGGUUUAAGUGUAAGGAUUUUUGGCUUGUAAUUGUUUCCUUUGGUCUUUAUUGUUUGCUGCCUCUGGCGGUUGUUAUACUUGUUAUUCUUGGGUAAUAAAAUUUCAAUUAUCCAAAAAAAAUCACUUUUAAUUCUUAUUGAUGCCUUGUCUUCCCAGCGGCUGCUGUGGGCUAAGAGUGGAAGAAGUCCAUGAGGACCAAAAAUGGCUUUCUCAGUAGAACAUUUUGCAAGUUAGUUAACUAAUGAACACCCUAUUGGCCAAAAAAAAAAAAAAA